AUGGAGCAGGCAGCUCUCCGCGGCAAGAACACGCCGUUCCAAGUCUACGCGGAGGUCCUCAACAAGACCACAGGCCACGUGACUGCCACCAAUGCAGAGCUAGACGAUGGCGCCAUGAUGAACGUCGCGUCAUACAACUUCCUUGGCGCGUAUGGACCAGUCACGCUCCGUCCUAGCAACGUUUACGCUAAGCUCGGUAACGGCAAGGUCGUCAAGUCGGACGGCACCAUCGAGCUCACGGUCUGCGUUGGAGACAAAGGUCACCUCUCUUGUACGCUCAAGCAGUCAUUUGAGGUGCUGCGAGGAUACCCGGGCACCCUGCUCUUCGGCAAACCGUGGAAGGCGGAAAUUGGCAUGAUCCACUUCUACCGGCUCGAGCUUGCGUUCAUUCCUAUGCCUGACAAGUCCAGUGACGGUCGCCGAUGGAUCCGGCUCGAGAGCAAGCGUCAAGCCUACAUGCCGGGACUGCCCGAGACGCCGCUCGAUGCCCUCCGCCUGACCAAGGAUGCGAUGGAGGCCAACAUUGAGGAACUCGAGGUGCUCGCCAUCCACAGGCUAGGUAGCGCUACUGCGCCAGCGCUUGCGCUCAAGGGUGACCUGGAAUUGUUGGCGCCAGUCUACGACAAGACGGAUGAGGUCGAGAUCCUGCUUGAGGACAAGGUCGAGUUGGCAGAGAGCAGCGACGAGUCAACCGAGUCCGCCGUAGCACCGCUACACACCGUCCAAUUGGCAGAGGCACCGGUGGAUCCGGCAGAACUCCAGCGACUCCAGCAGCUCUACCCGUUGAUCAACGACGACGCAGACUACCUUGCAGAUCGGCAGGCCCACCGAGAUCGAUUCCAGCCGUUCCGCUUGAGUGGUCGGCCCGACGACGAUAGCGAGGAGCGCGCGCAGCGCAUCGCCGACACCAUUGCAGCCCGCUUUGGCAGCGUAGGGACCCCAGCGGAACGCGAGCACUUCAAAGCGCUGCUGAAGGCCAAGCACCUUGCCUUCGCCAAGUCGCUCGCUGACUGCAAGCAGAACCGCGCCAUCGUUUGCGAUCCCAAGCUUACCGCCGAGCCACCGCCCACGACGCAUCGGGGCCGUCAACAGCCGCUCUCGCUGCCACAGCAGGAGUUCUUCAACAAGAUUGUCGACGAGUACAUGGCGAACAAUAUCAUGCGCUACAUCGCUGAGGACGAGGUCAGCAUUGUAUCCGAGACGCGCAUAGUGCCGAAGCCAUCGUCGGAGUACCCUCCCGUCUCUCUCGAGGUGCUCAAGCAGAUUGUCAACUCCGCGUUGAAGAAGGCGGGCCUCAACCAUGAUCCGUCGAUUCCCGAGCCGGAUCCAGCAGCACUUGCCCGCCCGCCUCCCGCCGAGAAGAAGUGGCGCCUUGUCACCAAGUAUGCCGGCGUGAACAAGUACAUGCGCGACAAGUCGUUCUACCCCAGCGACAUGGACGUCAAGAUGGGCAAGCUCUCGGGCAAGCGCUACGUUUUCAAAGUGGAUGGCUGCUCUGCCUUCUUUGUGGCACUUCUCUCCGCCUGUGGCAUGCUGCUUUCGACGACCUGGGUGCCCGGCCGGGGCUACGUCGUUUACAUGGUCAUGCCCUUCGGCUUUAAGAUCUCGCCCUCCGUCUUCAAUCGCUUCAUCGUCGAAGCAUUUGGCGACAUCUUCGAUUGCAACAGGACAUGUUGGAUGGACGACAGCGGCGGCAGCAAGCAGAGCUACGGCGACUUCUUCGAGUUCAACCGGCUCUUCCUCAACCGCUGCAUUGACGUCGGCUUUACUCUCUCGGUCAAGAAGUGCUCCUAUUUCCACAAAGAGGUCCAGUUUUGCGGCCACAUUGUCGGUCAGCACGGCAUCCGAGUUGAUCCUGAGCGCCUUCGCGCCAUUGUCGACUGGCCCAAGCCUUCUACGGUACGCGAGCUCAUGCAGUUCCGCGGCACGGCUUCGUAUCUGCGCAGCAAGGUGCCCGACUUCGCCAAGCACUUUGCACUGCUCAACGAGCUCACCCGCAACGUCGAUGACUACGAUAGGACUCUCGACGACCUCUGGGGCCCUCGCCACGAUGCCGCAUUCCUGCAAGUCAAGCAACAGCUUGUCAACUGCCGCGUUGUCCGCAAGCCGCGCUACGAUGGCCACCCAUUCUUUGUGCACUCAGACUGGAGCGGCAAGGGCAUUGGCGCCGUCCUGUUGCAAGAAUACCUUGUCCAGCAAGACCCAGCCACGAAGCGGUGGGAGGUCAUCGAGGACACUGAGACCCAUGAGCCGCUCAACGAGACCGCUGCGUCGACCGCCGACAAGCCCAAGGUCAAGCGUGUCGUCUUUCCGCUCGCAUACGCCAGCAAGCGAAACACCGAGCGAGAGCAACGAUACCCGGCGCAUCUUGGAGAGCUCGUGGCAGCAAAGUUCGUCCUGGACAAGUUUGCGCCGUAUACGUUCGGCCAGCCUAUUGUCCUUGUCACUGACUGCCAAGCCCUCAAGCAGAUUCUCGACUUGGAUCGCUUCCCGAACGCGCACGCCCGCUGGCGCGAGGAGCUGCUCCGCCAUGACAUUGUCCGCGUCAAGCAUGUCUCUGGCCGAAGCCACCAGCUUGCUCACAGCCUCAGCCACCGGCCACCUGCUGCUUCCGAUGACCCGCCUCAGCCCGUCGAGACUACGGACUGCGAACUGCUGUCGCUGUCGCUCAAGACGCUUCCCAAGGUCCCUCGAGACGACAAGUAUUUGCGCAUCAACGAGACCGCGGAGCGCCUGCUCAAGCGCUUUGAAGGGGACGAGCUCGAGGCUACCGUACGAUUCCUCCUGCUCCUUGAGAUGCUGGAAGACCGAGCGACACGAGACCGACUCAGACGCCAGCGCCUUUACUUUGUCAAGGACGGCCAGCUCUGGUAUCGCUCCGCGCUGUGGCCGCUCCGCUUCGUCUCGCAAAAGGAGGGCCGCAACAUCUUGCGUCAAGUGCAUGAUCAAGAGGGUCACUACGGCCGCGCCACCAUCCUUGCCAAGCUACGCCUCCAACAGCGCCUCACCUGGCCGCGCCUUGUCCACGACAUCGCCGAGUUCGUCAAGCGCUGCCAGACGUGCCAGCAGUUCGGACCGACCGAAGGGACCACUCUCAGUCCCGUCGUUGUCAUCUCGCCGAUGGAGACAUGGGCUGCUGACUUUGUCUCACUCCCACUGUCACACGGCAUCAACAAGCUACUUGUGGUCAUCGACUACUUCUCGCAUUUCACCUGGGCGUUUCCCGUGCGCUCCGCCACCCGCAACGAGGUUGUCAAGGCGCUCAUGUCGUUGCGCAAGGCCCUCAGACACCUGCCUCACACCCUCGUGACCGACAGCGGGUCCCACUUCAACUGCCAAGAAGUUGCGGUCUAUCUCGAGAAAGUCGGCAUGCUACACCACAUCACGCCGUCGUACGCACCCUGGGUCAACGGUAUGGUCAAGCGCGCCAACCGCUCCAUCCUCGAUGAGCUCAAGAAGCUGUCCGCGCCAACAGAGGUCCCUAUCGGCGAGACCGCAUCUGCCCAAUGGCUACCGCACCUCGAUGACGCACUGCGUGCCGUCAACAGACACCCGAUGAAGGAGCUGUCCGACCUGUCGCCCUUACAGCUACAUUACGGGCUGACGCGCUACCCACGCGAGGAUCUUGUUGCCGCAACCGUCGAGCCAACAGUCGAGCAACGCCAGCUGGCCCGCGCGUUUGUCGAUGUCGAUCGUGAGCGCGCCCAGAUCCGUCACCUCGGCAGCCAAGACCGCCAGCUACAUCUCAACGCCCUUGACGCUGUCGUCGACAAGACCGAUGACAAGACUCCCGAGCUGUGA